ACACACACACGCAGCCAAACAAGGAGCCGUAGUAGGAUGAGCAUGGAGGAGCAGUGAGGAGCUGGGACGGACCGGGACCUGUUCCCCACUUCAUCUGAAUUACUUCUCCGAGCUACGCGCGCGCUUCCCGCAACAUGGAGACUAAAGGCUGCGGGCUGCUUCUGGCUGCGCACUUUAUCCUCAUCUGCCACCAAGCUGGAGGAUAUACAUACAGAAAUCAGCGCAAGUUCUCUGAAGACAUUGACUGGUCAUAUGCGGGAACCCUUAAUCAGAAAAACUGGGCCAAGAAGUUCCCGUUAUGCAGCAGCGCUAAGCAGUCUCCCAUCAACAUCAACGAGAACCUGGCUCCAGUUAAGCUUCAGUACCAGAAACUUCGAUUUUAUGGGUGGGAGACCCCGACGCCUGAAGGCACCACCAUCAAGAACGAUGGCAAGACAGUGGCCGUCAAUCUGGAUGGAGAGUUCUAUGUCAGUGGAGGAGGUCUGAGGUCAAAGUUCAAAGUGGGUCGCAUCACCUUCCACUGGGGGCGCUGCAAUGCCUCUUCAGAGGGUUCAGAGCACAGCCUGCAAGGCAUCAAAUCUCCUUUAGAGAUGCAGAUCUACUGUUAUGAACCGCAUCACUUUGACUCUUUAGAGGAAGCCAUCCGGGACAGAGGCAGGAUCACAGCUCUAGCUGUGCUGUUUGAGACAAGCGGUGAAGAGAACAUGAACUACGCUCCCAUCAUCGAUGGCAUCAACAGUGUGAGCAGAUAUGGAAAGAGUGCAGAGGUAUCGCCGUUUACCCUGCAAGGUCUCCUGCCCAACUCCACCGAGAAAUACUUCAUCUACAACGGAUCCCUGACCACCCCCCCAUGCAGCGAGACUGUGGAGUGGAUCCUAUUUAAGAACAAGGUGGCCAUUUCUGAGGAGCAGCUGGAGAUGUUCUGUGAAGUGAUGACGAUGCAACAGGCUGGAUAUGUUAUGCUGAUGGACUACCUGCAGAACAACUACAGGGAUCAGCAGGAGCAGUUCACGGGUCAGGUGUUCUCCUCCUACACCGGCAUCGAGGAGGUCCAAACGCCAGUGUGCAGCUCAGAGCCUGAGAGCAUCCAGGCAGCUCCCCAUAACCUCAGCAGUAUGCUGGUGGUAUGGGAGCGUCCCCGGGCAGUGCACGACACCAACAUCGAGAGAUACUCCAUCACCUACCGGCUGGCCAAUGCAAAAGAGUCUGCCUUCUCCGAAUACCUGACCGACGGAUACCAGGAUACGGGGGCAAUACUUGAUGACCUAUUGCCCAACAACACCUACGAGAUCCGUGUGGUGGCCAUCUGCUCCAAUGGCCUGCGUGGACGCGUGAGUGACUCGCUGACAGUUGUCAUGCCCAUCGACGACCCCGAAGACGCUCUGGAUCCAGGUUCUGAAGAAACUGACUUUGAGGACUAUAAUGAGCCUGACUUCUCCUGGAAUGAGGUGGACCCAACUGAGAACAACUAUUUGGACCGGGUUCUUUCAAACUCACCCAGGACUACAACAUCAGCACCACCUUUGUUUCUCCUGCCUGGAAGUCGAACUCCGACAGGAAAGUCCAGUGAGGGAGCCACCAUUGAACCGGCUGUGAUUGCGAGCCAGUCUGCUGAUGUUUUAAGGCCUUCGGAGGAGAUGGAGAAGCACAGUACUUCCUUACAACCACCAGAUGAUGCCAGAGAGGGUCCGGGUGUUGGAAGCAACAGUCUCUUCUAUUACGUAACAGAAGAUCCACUCACUUCAAGUCCUACCCCUCUGCCCCUCCCCUAUACAGACACAGAUGGAGGCCUUGAUGGUGAAAGCUCAUCUGAAAAAGGAAGAAGCGGUUUAAGCACCUACCCUGUAGCCCCUGACAUGCAGGUAGAAGCUACCAAGGCUGUUUCUCAGCAUCCAGCCACAGUGUCCCCUACUGACCAAGACAAUGGUGGAACAUCACCGUCCGCCUUCAUGCCAGCAGAGACCCAAGCCGUAAACCCGGACAGCACCAGAGAUUCUCUUCAGGUGGAGAUAUCGGCCUCCACAGAAGUUGUCCACCAUCGAGCCACAAGCUCCAGCCUUCCUCCUUUUUCCUCCACAGCUCCCUCUGUCAUGCUGAGUGGCAUUGUGGUGGAAGCCACGCAGUCGCUGUCAAACGGUGAGAGCAGCUCUGUCUUCCCCUCCUCCUCCCCUCUGUGUGACUCCUUGGACCCGAGCGCAGCUCCUUCUGCUCGCUUGCAUGACUCCUCCUUCCUGUGGCCUGUGUUGUCAACCAGUAAUCCAGACUCCCAGCAUGCUGCCACUGGGUCUCUGUCUAGCAAAGAACUGGCUCCUACUUCUACCCCCCUCCUCCUGUCUUCCACCCUGCCUCACCUCCCUCACCCCUCAGCCUCCCUGCCUGGUCCCACGGUGAACUCUUUGUCCUCUGACCUUGGGUUUGGGGGUAGAGAUAAUGAUGUUUUGUUGUCUGGGUCUUCAGGUGAUUUCUCUGUACUCGGUAAAACCCCUCCACUCGAAACAGUUUGGGACUUGGCACACUCCAGUGUCUCAGCUGAACUGUCCGACUCGAUGGAUGUUUCCUCCUCAAUGCUCUCUCUUUCUUUCAGCCCUUCCUUGCAGCCUUCAGUUCUGUUUUCUAGGGAUUUCACUUAUUCUGUUGCUAUUCUGGGCUCGUCCGAACCGAAAACAACCGGCUUCCAGGACUCCAGGUUUGCAAAAGGCAGCAUGACUGAGUCUGUAGUUCCUGAGUUCAGUGGUGAUGGGUUCCUCCUAGCAAGCGACAUGGACAUGGUGUGUGGCUGUUCUCUUGAGACGUCGGUACCUUCAUCCUGGUUGCAUACCUCUGCACAUGCACCACUGCCAGCAUCAGCCAAGAGCUCUGCCGGUUUGGGAUUUUAUUCCAGCUUGGUUCUGCUUCCAUCUUCUAGUGUUGAAGUAGAAACCUUUCCAACAUCACUAGAAGGUGUGGGCUUUCCUGGCCUGUCUUUGGACCACUCUCUGCCGUCACAUAGUGCCAGCUCACUAUUACUGUCCUCUCCUCAGCUUCUCCAGCCCACCCAUAGUCACCAUCGUCUUUCUGUUACAGCCACAUUUUCUGCUGCUACGGAUUCUGAUCUGUCAGCACCAGAGAGCAGCACCCCCUCUCAAACCUCUGCUCUCUACUUCCCAACAAACACCUCUCCGUUUACCCAGACUCCAGAGGAGCAGGUGUCUGACUUUAGCAGCAGCACCUCCGGCUCGGCUUUCCUCCCUGACUCCCAGGAAGGAGUAGACCAGGAGUGGGAAAAGGGUCAAACAUCAGCCUCCGGCGUCAGCCCCCUCCCUCAUUUAACCAAAGUGGUGAGCUCUCUCCCUCCCUUCAUGACCCUGGAAUCGGGUCAGAAUCCAGAUGAUGUGGAAGAACACUCCUCAGCCUUUUAUUUUGAAAGCGGCAGCGCCAUUGAUCCAGAAGUGGAAGGCAAAGCGGCGCCGACCGCUUCAGAGGUGACCUCAGGUUCAACCUGGCCCCUGGGGGGGCCGGAGGACAGCGGCUCAGGGCAAGCCGAGGGUCUCGGGGACAAUGAGACAUCCUCUGACUUCAGUAUUUCAGGACGCCCAGAAACAGAUCCUGAGGAGGAAGAGCCUGUUUCAGAUGCCAGUAACAGCAGCCAUGAGUUGAGGGUGGGCUCCAUGGGGGAGAGAGAGAGGAAAGCUGUGGUUCCUCUGGCCGUCAUUUCGUCUCUCACUCUGCUGGGCCUGGUGGUCCUCAUGGGCAUCUUCAUCUACUGGAGAAUGUGCUUCCAGACGGCUCACUUUUACAUUACCAGCAUGUCAUCACAGCGAGACAUCACACAGUCAACUGCUGCACUACCGUCUGAUGGAGCCAGAGCUUUUCCAGUGAAGGAGUUUGUUCAACACGUGGCUGAACUUCACAGCACUCAGGGCUUCCAGGCAGAGUUUCAGAGUUUGAAAUCCUCAGAGGUGCAGGCAUGCACCGUCAACAUGUGGAUGACCACAGACGGCUCCAACCAUCCGGAUAACAGGACUAAGAACAGAUACAACAACAUCUUGGCUUACGACCACAGCCGAGUCCAACUCUCCCCACAAGUCAACAAAGACGGGAAAUCCUCGGAUUACAUCAACGCCAACUAUGUAGACGGAUAUAAGAGGCCGCGGUCAUACAUUGCUGCUCAGGGCCCUCUCAGGUCCAGCACUGAGGACUUCUGGAGGAUGAUCUGGGAGCAGAAUGUCCACGUCAUUGUCAUGAUCACCAACCUGGUGGAAAAUGGACGGAGGAAGUGUGACCAGUACUGGCCAGAAGAAGCGGAGGAGGAGUACGGGCGCUUUCUAGUGGCAGUAAAGAGCACCAAAGUCCUGGCUUACUACACACAGAGGACCUUCAGCGUGAGGAACACCCUCAUUAAAAAGAGCUCAAAGAAAGGUUGGAACAACGAGCGAACAGUGACACAGUACCAGUACACCCAGUGGCCUGAUAUGGGGGUCCCAGAGUUGUCUCUGCCUCUUCUCAGCUUUGUUCGCAAGUCCUCCAGAGCCAAUUCAGAAGAAACGGGUCCUAUGGUGGUGCACUGCAGCGCCGGGGUCGGCAGGACGGGAACUUACAUCGUCCUGGACAGCAUGCUGAGGCAGAUGGAGGACGAAGGAGCGCUGAACGUUCUGGGCUUCCUGAAGCACAUCCGCACUCAGAGGAACCACCUGGUUCAGACUGAGGAACAGUAUAUCUUCAUCCAUGAUGCUUUGGUGGAAGCCAUCAUGUGCGGAGAGACGGAGGUGGAGGCCGCCCGCCUGCACGGCUACGUGGACGAGCUGCUGACUCCAGGGCCUUCUGGGAGGACGCGCCUCGACAAACAGUUCAGGCUGGUGUGUCACACCGAGGCCAGGAAAUCAGACUUCUCCGCCGCCCUGCAGGACAUCAACUCCACCAAGAACAGAGAUGUCUCUGUGAUUCCCGCUGAGAGGUGGCGGGUGCGUCUGUCCACGGCGGCUGGAGAGACGUCAGACUACAUCAACGCUUCAUUCGUCUCUUUUAACCCUUUCUGGUCUCUGUGUCCACAGACAGAGGAGGGGGCGGAGCCUUAUGCCUUCUAUCCCUCCGGUGAUCAAACCCUCAGCCUGAACACGUUCACCGUCACCCAGAGGAGCGAGGCGCACAUCUGUCUGUCCAACGAGGACCUGCUGGUGGUCCGGGAAUACACCCUUGCAGCAGUAAAGGAUGACUUCGUUUUGGAGGUCAAGCAUUUCCUGGCCCCCUGCUGGCCAAACCCUGACGGUCCCAUCAGUAACAGCUUUGAGCUCAUCAGCCUGAUGAACGAAGAGAGGAGCGGAAAGGACGGCCCCACUGUGGUCCAUGACGAUGUGGGCGGAGCCACAGCGGGGACGUUCUGCGCUCUGUCCUCCCUGAAGGAGCAGCUUGAUGCUGAAGGCUCAGCAGAUGUUUUCCAAGCAGCCAGACUGACGAACCUUCUGAGGCCAGGAGCGUUCAGCGAUGUCGAGCACUACCAGUUCCUCUACAAAGCCCUGCUGAGCCUCAUCGGGACGCAAGAAGCUGAGAAAACCGACAACGAAGCCGCCGCCGCCGACAGCCUGGAGUCUCUGGUUUAGAGCCACCCUGAUGCCAUCAGCUGCUCUUCCUGUUUUCCAGCUGUGACAGGAUCUCUGCAGACCGUGAUCCUCCUCCUGCUUCCAGACUCGGCGCUUUAGUUCCAGACGGGCUGAUUUGAUGAAUUCAGACUCUUUUUCUAUGGCGUGCCUUUUGUAUUCUUCCUCCUGUAGUUCAAACUUUGACACAUUUUCUACAUUAACUGUGCUGAUUUUCUACUAAACUCUUUUCUGGACGUAUUUAUUGGCGCCUCGCCUGAAGAGGGAAGCUGCAGCUGAUCUUUCCACUGAUGCUGGGAAUGCCGUUGCCACGGGAGACAAACCAGACCACGAUACGGAAAAUAAAACAAUCUAAUGUAAAUGAUAAUAUAGUAAUCACUUUGAUGGACCAAAUUUCUAUUUAUGCUUCUAGAUUUUCUAUUCUUAGUUCUUACAAAUGGUUUGAUUGUGACUGUUUAGCUGAUUAAUGUUUUUAUACUCGGUUUUGUAAAGGACUAAAUGUGCUGCAUGAGUUUACUGACAUGGUAGUUUGUUUAGUUGGUGAAACACGACUGGAUUCUCAGUUAGGGGAUUAAAAAGUGAAAAAAAAUCCUUUUGAUUCUUUAAUGACUUCCUUUAAAUACAGGAAGUGGUGAGAGGAACAGAUGGACGGAUAAUCAGUGAAAACUGGUUCAGCUUUUAAUAAAAACAUAAACUGAGCUUUUUACAGCAAACGUACCCUCUCUAACGCAGGUAGCUCUAUGUUGAUGGCCUUCCUGGAAGUGGUGUCAGAGCAUCAUGAAAUGACCUUCUGUCCUAAAACAGCUGAAAAGUUCGUUCGAUCUUUAAAGCAACGUGAUUGGGUGGUUUUCUACAGAGGAAAUGAUGUAGGAGGCGGUCCGCCACUAGAGGGGUCAAAGGUCAUCAAGUUUUUUAUUUAAAAGCAAAGAGCUGACUUCUGAAAGUAAAGGUAGCGAUUGAAGUCCUUCAAUAAAAGUAAUAAAGUACAGCUUCUAUAUUGCACUUAAGUACAAAACUAAAAUAAAGCGUUUCUCUAAAAUGAUACAAAACAACUUUAUAAAACUUUCUUCUUCUUUUUGAUGAAGUUUAUUGCAGAGUAAAGGUCAGUGUUCCCUCCUGUGUUGAAUCAUCCAUCAGUCCGUCCCUAAUAAAAAAACUCCUCUCCAGCUGGACGGAUUCUCUCUGCAAUGAUUUUCCCUCUGCUGCAGCCGUUUCAUCACGUCAUGAUCAACAGGUAGAGAAUUAACGAGCCCGUUAAAAAGAAUUACUCCGUUAUUUAAGUACAGUAAUACGUAUUUAUGUUUAUUUGAAGCCUAUUUCCUUAUAAAAGGCAAAGGAGU